CUCCCAGCUCUUGAAGAGGACUUACAUACGGGUUGUGUAGUAGUGGUAGUGUUUUAUUUCGAAGGCGUUGGUUCUACGGAUUCUCUUGGAGUGGACCUACAUACGGGUUGUGCAGUGGAGAUCGUGUUUACCUACGGAAAUUUUAUCCUACAUUCUCUUCCUGUGAUUCAGCAUACUGGAUAUGUUGGCACCCCUUACGAUGAGGCUGUGGGUGAUAUUGGCAAGCCUUAGCCUAGUAUGUCUCGCUACGGCCGAUCCCGUGGAUAAUACUGCUCCUGAAGAUCGCUCCAGCACCCCGACCCUCAGGAUCCUCGAACUGAUAAAAGUGUCCCGCGAGACAACCCCGGACGACCAAACACCCAGGGACCACAACGUCAAAAUCGUGCUGGACGAACACGCUCUCAUCGUGGGCGUGACUCUUUGGACGCUCAAUUUCCUCGUGAAUGGAGACAAUGUCUUGAGUUCCCUAGACGCCGUGACGGAGACUGACGGACUGCAGAGGGAGUUCGUAUUCAAGACGGAGCUUCCGGAAGGGAUCACCGCGGUCCUGGUGGCGGCGAAGGGGAAGAGCGGCAACGUGUUAGCGACAGGAACGGUGUACGUGCAGAUUCCUGCAAAUUUAGUCGGCAGCGUGGCUUGGGUAGGGGAGGAAUACCACCCUUCUUCCCUCUCCUCGCUGCGAGUCGACCCUGGUAUCCUGUCGGAGGUGUGGGUUGGCAAUCGAGUGUGCAGGCGAGAGAGGGCCCCCUGCUAUUUCCUGCAGAAGGAAUUGCCUGACGUCGUCUCCCGGUGUCUGACGCUGACUGACACUCUCACCAACGCGCCGGUUGUCUUGUGUGACGAAACUGUGGCUCCUUUUCAAGAGCUGUACCCGACACCGAGCCUCCUCAUCACCGACGACCACCUGCUGGAAGUGAGCAUGAGUCUGCCUCAGGACGUGGCUCUGGGAAGAGAGGUCGUCGCCUACGACCCUAGGGAUCCCAGCGUCGUCUUCUCCCCCGAGGGCUUCCUGUGUGAUCCAUCGGGAGUUGGAGACCGUGGGGAAAGCGAGUGCAGCCAGCGUCUCGUGAUGAGUGAGGCCACGGACGUCCUGUCGGUGCUGGUGGUGUUGGAGUAUCCUGGAGGACGCCUGGAGUCCAAGCUCCUUACGUACGGAGGUCAAGAGCCACGGGCGUCGCAAACGGGCGUGAUCGUGGGUUCUGUGGUGGGCGGGCUGUUGGGCGUGAUCCUUAUCGCGGCUGCCGUCUUCUUUCUGUUGAGGUGGAGGAACAAGAAAGAAGGAAAGGAGGGAUCGUCGACAAGCCAUUCGUCACACUACACCGCCACGCCGACCUCUGACCCCGUGGUGGCUUAGGUCAUGUGGCGAAGCCUUUGCGUCUUGUGUUAAGCUAGAUUUUUUCUUGAUUUUUUUCCAUUUUUGUUUUUUCUUUUUCUUGUGUUUCUCCUUUUUCUUCUCUUUUUUUUCUUUUUCUAUCUCUCCUUUUUUUUCCUUUUUCCCUUUUGAUACCACCGGUACAUUGUUGUCAUAUAAAUUUUUUAUGUGUAUGUCUAUUUAAGAGCGAAAUAUGCAUAAAAAGGAUUUACAUGUGUGUGUGUGUGUGUGUGUGUGUGUGUGUGUGUGUGUGUGUGUGUGUGUGUGUGUGUGUGUGUGUGUGUGUGUGUGUGUGUGCGCGCGCGCGUGUGUGUGUGUGUGCGUGUAUGUGCGUGUGUGUGUGUGUGUAAUCUAUCAUUAGUUUUAUGAAAGUUAGUGUUUCUAUUUGUAUCUAUUAUUAUUGUUUUGCGUCUCAUGUUUCAUAUUAUUUUGCCUCAGUCUAGUAGCUAGAAUAUAUAUAAUGCAAAAUUUAUAUUUCUAGAUAAUAUUAUGUUUAUAGAUAAUAUUAUUUUGUCUCGGUCUGGUACCGAGGAUAUAUAUAUAAUGCAACAUUUAAAUUUCUAAAUGAUACAAGAAUAAUUGCAUUUUGCUGUGGUUCUUCACCUCAAUCAAGGUAGUGGUUGGUUCUGGUAUAGGUCAGUGUAGAUUUUUGCCUUUCCAUGUACAUGAGACAUUCAUAGUCAAGUUAGAGCAGCUAUUUGGUAUUAAUUGCCAUGAACAAUUCAAUAAUGGUUUAUUAUUUUUCUUCUUCAACCGUAAAUAACAUUGUCAGUUAGUAUUACCUUUACUGAUGCUGUGGUUGCUCCUGUUAACGAUCUAUAAAGGUUUUCUUUGUUAAUUCAAAAUCUCGCUUUUGACGAAAUAAAACAAUCGUUGUCACUAUAUAAUUCUGAUUAUUGUUACUAUUACUUUUCCAUUACCACAAUUACUAUAUUACUUCACUAAAAUAUAAAAUCACAACCGAUAUUUAUAUUGAUACCAGACUGAUGACACGAUAAAACUUUAGUCAUUGGCAAAA